AGCAGAGUUGCACAACAUGUCUCGACUGCGCGAGACGGCAGCGCUGGAGGGCCACACGGAGCGAGUGUGGUGCGUGGCUUGGUCGCCGGACGGGAGACUGCUGGCGUCCUGUAGCAGCGACAAGACUAUCCGAGUCUGGUGCCAAUCCAAGGACAGCGAAAACGGCUGGCGCUGCGCGGCGCUGCUAGAGGAUGGGGCGACCAGGACGGUUCGCUGCUGCGAUUGGUCUCCCUGUGGGAGGUUCAUCGCCGCCGUGUCUUUCGAUGGCACGUGCUCCGUAUGGCGGCGGCAGGAGUCGACGACCACGGCGGGCGAGCUUGCCUGGGAGCUGACGGCGACGCUAGAGGGUCACGAAAACGAGGUCAAGAGUGUCGCGUGGAGUCGCGGGGGCAACCUCCUCGCCACUUGUGGACGGGACAAGUCUGUCUGGAUUUGGGAGUACGAUGAGUCCGAGGGGGACUACGAAUGCGUGACCGUCCUCUCCGACCACACCGCGGACGUGAAGAGCGUGCGCUGGCUGCCGAACAAGGACGUCCUCGUGUCGUGCAGCUACGACGAGACCGUCAGACUUUGGGCUGAAGAUCUCGACGAUUGGUACCUCCUCGACACCCUCAACGACCACACGGCCACGGUGUGGGGAAUCGCGGCGGACGGCCCGGGGGAGCGUCUGGCGACGGUGGGAGGGGACGAAAAGCUUGUCCUGUGGAGAAAUUUCCCAGACGAGACCAAGCACGGUAAGUGGCGCGCUGAGUCCACGCUGUCGGGAGAACACGGCGGUACCAUCUACAGCGUCGACUGGGCCCCCACGGCGACAGACGCCGCCGCGGCCGCCACCGCAGCCGCGUCGACAUCCGCGAGAAGAAGCGGAGGGGGGGUGGGGGACGGGGUGUGGGGUGGGCUGGGGGCCCCGUGCCUGGCGACCGCCGCGGGAGACGACGCGCUGAGGGUAUUCUACGAGAGCGGGGAGGGGGACGGCGCGGCCUUCGGGCUCGACGUUGAGGUGAAGAACGCGCACGCCGGGGACGUGAACUGUGUCAGGUGGAAACCCUCGGGAGGAGGCGUUUUAGCGACCGGAGGGGACGACGAGCUUGUCCGAGUUUGGUCGUACUCACCUCCGGGGUGCUGA